AUGAGUGAUAAAUCAACCUCAUUCAAUAGUUCGGAAAAACAUGUUCAAGUUAUAGCUCGACCACGUCCAGUGAGUGAUAAUGAAAAAUCUCAAAAUCUUUCAAGUUGUUUGAACGUCAAUGAAGCACGACGAGAAAUAGUUGUCAAUUGUAAAACAAGUGCAACACGAUUUUUUAAUUAUGAUCACGUAUUCGGCUUCCAAACGCGCCAACAAGAUGUUUAUAAAACAGUCGUUGCGCCGAUUGUCGAUGAAGUUUUAAAAGGCUACAGUUCAACUAUUUUUGCGUACGGUCAAACUGGCUCUGGUAAAACACAUACAAUGUUAGGAAAAUUUCCCAUAGAUAAGUUGUCCAAAGAUGCAGUUUCUGCUUAUAUGGCUAUCCUAGAGUCAGAAGCUGGUAUAAUGCCAAGAGCAAUUCAUCAUAUAUUUCAGGGACUUCAACGACAGUAUGUUGAUUAUACAGUUAAAAUAACUUAUUUGGAAUUAUACAACGAAGAACUAACUGAUCUAUUAGCUGAUUCGACGAGUGAACAGCCUGAAAAGAUCAAAAUCUAUGAAGAUAAAGACAAAACAAAUACAAUAGUCGGUGCUAUAGAAGCAGCUUGUGAAUCACCGUUCGACGCAUUCAAAGUAUUAAUCAAAGGUUCACAACGUCGACAAACCGCGGAGACUUUAAUGAAUGCUUCAUCUAGUCGUUCUCAUUCAAUAUUUACCAUGACUGUCACAAUGAAAGAUUCUCAAGGAGACAUGAGACUUGGUAAACUUCAUCUAGUUGAUUUGGCCGGAUCAGAAAAUAUAUCUCGAUCGGGCGCUACAGACAAGCGUGCACGUGAAGCAGGAACUAUCAAUCAAAGUUUACUCACUCUCGGACGUGUUAUAACGGCGCUAAUUUCCAAUGAAAAACAUAUUUGUUACAGAGAUUCAAAACUAACGCGAAUAUUACAAGAUUCUCUCUGCGGAAAAACAAUCACUUCUAUCAUUAUCACUCUGUCGCCUGCCAAUGAAGCUGAAACCUUAAGUACGUUGGAAUAUGGCCAUCGAGCUCGUUCUUUGAAAAUUCGUCCUGAAAUCAAUCAACUCUCGUCGAAAGACGUGGCUCGAGAAUAUGUGGAUGAAAUUCGUCGACUACGUCAAGAACUUGAUGCGAAACGAGAAGCUGAUGGUAUUCCAUAUUCACAAUACACUGCUUUGAAAAAUCAAAUGAUGUUAGUACAAACUUUGUCAGAUGAUAAUCAGUCGAAAUUAGAAUCUAAUGAACAACAAAUUGAACAGUAUCGAAAUGAAAUUGAAGCACUUCGAAGGCAGAUGUUAGCACAGCAACAAGAAUUUCGAUUAGAAACAAAUGAACGAAAAGAAAUAUUAGCGUUGAAUCGACAUCGUUAUGAUGAACUCGUUCAAAUGACAAACAAAGCGUUGACUUUUCAUGAACAUGCGGUAAAUACCAUGCAACAACUUCGUUCGACUCGUUCAACGGCAUCAGCAUUGAUUGAUCAAUAUAUCAUCGAUUGCCGAGCUGUUGGAGAUUGUCUUCAAAUGAAUAUCCAACGUAUGACUGAAGAUAUUCGAUCAAUGUUUUCUAACUAUAGUUGUUCGAUUGGACAAGUGAUGACAAUCUCGAAUAAUAUCCGUCAACAAAUGUAUGUGCUUAACGAAAAAGUUCGAGCUGUCUUGUCGCUUGCCUUCCAAAAUUUCCAUACGAUAUUCGAAGAGUUAAAUCAGAUUUACAGUCAAUUUCAGACUGAAUUAGAUUGCGAACUGAAAGCAUUGAUAGACAUGUUGGCUGUAGAGUUGAAACGAGAUGAGCGUCAUAACCAAAGAAAGCUUAUCAAUAUCGAAGAAGAAACAUUAAUUAAGAUGAAAGCUUGUUUUCAAGACAUGCUCGUUUCACUCAAUCCAACUACUCAAUCACUAUGGCUCGAUUUACAUUCGUUUUUUACACAACGUAUCAGCCAAAUGUUGACAAAUGAGUUUCGAACUUUAAUUCAAAUAUCAGAUAAGUCAACAAAUGAUGAUGAUCAACAGUUCCUCGACCUACCUGAUAUUCGAAACAAAUGGCUGGUUGAACAAGAAAAGUUGGUCACUACUACUCAAAAUGAACUCGAACAAAUGAUUAGUGAAUUGAUUCAAUCUUUCAAUGACUUGUCUGACACAUCUGAUCAAGACGACGUCGGAGUACGAAGUACAACUCUAUUUCAACGUAUCCAUCAUAUGUGCAUCCAGCAUGGUCAAGAAAUUCGUCAAUUACUAGAAACGAAGCUACAAAACGUUUUCAGUCAAGUUCGUGAUGAAUUCGAUCAGCAAUGCGGUCAUUUGAUCACCAACAUUGAACACGACAUUAAUCAAAUGAAUUCUCUCCUACAAGAUAUCAACACAAAGUUUGAAACAUCAUCACCAAUAGUUACAAAUGACUCAAUGUCACAUCUUAUCAAACAAAUACAACGAAUUGAUGUAAUGACAAAGAACCUUGAAUACGAUUGGCAACUAUGUACACAAUCAGUGGAUAAAUUCGAAUGUGAAACUAUUUUACCUUCCCCGCCUUUGCCCAUACCGAAAACAGAUGUAGCUAUCAAAAUUGAACUCGGUAUAAAAGAUCAUCAAACACAACCAUGUUUAAUGAAUAUUGAAAACAAAGAAAACAUCAUCGAUGGUAACCUUUUACCUGCACCCGCACCCGCACCUAUACGAACACGGUCAGCUGCUGUACCUAACAUUCCCUGGCGUGCAAAAACCGAUACGCCAUUCUUUUGA